AUGUCUUCCUCAUCAUCUUCUUCUUCGUCUUCAUCUUCCCCUCACGAUAGUCCCAAUCAUAACCAUAAUGCUGGUGCUGAUCCUGGCCCUAGCUCAAGAACAAUCUCAUAUUCUGACGAGCCCACUUCGUCUCGUCCACGUCGUGCCAUGAAUGAUGUUUGGCCUGAUCUUUUUCUUGAAGACUUAACCGUCCAAGUCGCCACUGAUGCUUCUCACUCUUCUGGUCGUCUUUCUGCAGCUCCUGCGCUUGCCAACUUGUUUCAGGUUUGUUCGAGGUGGCGGGCUGUGUCACGGUCGGAUCGCCUGUGGCAGCAGCUCACCGAGAGGAUAUGGCGGCGCACAGUGCAAGUGCGAGACACGUGGUAUGAAGAGUUCAUUCACUGGCACCGAAUGGCCAGGAAUUUCGUCGCCGGCAGAUAUGCUUACGCCUCCCUGUGGUUUGGCCCGUCGGACAUGGAUGACGACCACUACAGCACCGUGAUCUGCCGCUGCCUCACCCUCUCCGAUGAACAUCUCGCCUGCGGCUUCACCGACGGCACCGUCCGCCUCUUCCACCUCGAUACUCGCGUCCACUUCAGGACAUACCGGUCCCACCAAGCCAACCGUUUAGGUCCCUUCGCGAGAUCCGUGUCUGGCAUCGUGAUCGCUGACAACAGGCUCGUCUUCGCCACGCUGGACGGGGACAUCUACGUGGCACACCUCGACGAGCCAAAUGGUCACACCCGUAGGGCCCGCGUCGGUGACGUGGUCAAUAGCGGAGUCCUCGUAGAGUUCGCCGGACGUGGCCGUUGGUGGGUAGGACUCUUCGCCGGGCUCCCGGGCCAGGCGUUUCAGAUUUGGGACGCAGAAAACGAACAGCUCGUGUUCAUCGGGGGAUCCUUGACUGACCCGGAAACCGUCAUGGGUUGGCACAUGCUGACGGAGUUGAUCGAACCGGUGGGUCGGCUUCGGGUGACGAACCAAGGCCUGGCAGUGGCAUGUACGAGCUCACAGCUCAUAGUGUUCGACCUGAACAGCCAGAUGUUAUUACAUGAGCUCUGGUCCACUGUGGGCGGCUUCAUUGUAACAUCGAUGGACGUGAACGAUGAGGCGUUCUUUAUCGUGGAAAGGAACGGCGACGCUAAGGUGCGCCUGGCGGGCACGUUAGAGCUGCUAUGUGAAUUCCGGACACGUCCGUUGAGGGGUUUGAUGGGAUGCAGGAACAUGGGGUACGCGCUAACGUGCGCCGGGGGUGUGGUGAGGGUCUGGGACAUUGAGCGACGGCGGGGACAGCAGCGUUCGGUGGUGGCAGAGAGGGUGGGGGAGGGGAUGGCCAUGGUGUGCAGCGAGAGACACGUGGCCAUUUCUUGUAAUGACAGGUCGAUACACCUUUGGGAUUUCGGUGUAUAAGUAGGCAGA